GGCGGAGAUGUGGGCGCGGCGGGGGCAGUUUGUCGGCGCUGACGAGACGGUGAGCUCUAGUGGUGACUGUGACGGUGGCGGCUGUGGGCCCUGGGUCGCGGUGCGGAGGUGUCUCCCCUAGGGCGGCAGUCCUCGGACUGGGCAGGACGGAGCCGCGAUCCCUUCCAGCCCCUGGGAAGCUCACCAGGGCCUCAGGGGCGGGCCUGGAGUGCGGAGGAUCCGGAGUGGUGUUUCUUCAGGCGUUCUCUCCCACACAAGUAUGUGCGAGGGCGUGGUCACUGGAGACUGGGAACGUUGGUUAUUUCAGUGACUUCUGAUGUCCCAGCAAAUGACAUUGGGUAUUUUGAUGCUCAGAAGAUACUCCUGAGGACCCAGUAGCAGACUCUGUGUGCACUUAGCUGGGUCGAUCCUGAACAGCAGUGAUGCCUCCAGGCAGGUGGUAUGCUGUCCAUCCAGCUCAGGCCCAGGCUUCAAGGGAGCGAGGGCGCCUUCAAAUGGUAAAGAAAGAAGAAGAUGAUGAAGGCUAUACUUCAGUGCAGACUGCCAGGCCUCAGACACUUAACCGUCCUGGCCAGGAGCUGUUCCGCCAGCUCUUUAGGCAACUUCGUUACCAUGAGUCUUCUGGGCCCCUAGAAACUCUGAGCCGGCUCCGGGAGCUCUGCCGCUGGUGGCUGAGGCCUGAUGUUCUCUCCAAGCCUCAGAUCCUGGAGCUGCUGGUGCUGGAGCAGUUCCUGAGCAUCCUGCCUGGGGAGCUCCGGACCUGGGUGCAGCUCCAUCACCCUGAGAGUGGUGAGGAGGCUGUGGCUUUGCUGGAGGAGCUACAGAAGGACCUUGAUGGGACACCACAGAGGGAUCCAGGCCCUGCCCAGAGCCCAGAUGUGCAUUGGAUGGGUACAGGACCCCUGCAGUCUGCACAGACAUGGCCCCCUGCUUCACCUCUCAGGAGCGGCUCUGCUUUGGGAGACCACCUGGAGCUUCCCUAUGCAAUAGGAGUGCAUGACUUCCUGGCCGAGCAAUCCGCUCCUCCUGCUGCCCAGGUGCAUGCCAUUUCCCAGAGCAAAGGGAUCCCAGGAAGCCCAGGAGAUGGGGUAAGGGCCACUAGGUCCCUGACGGCUGAGCCCCAGGAGGCUAUGACUUUCAAGGAUGUGGAGGUGACCUUCUCCCUGGAUGAGUGGGGAUGGCUGGACUCAGCUCAGAGGAAUCUCUACAGGGAUGUGAUGCUGGAGAAUUAUGGGAACAUGGCUUCUCUGGUGGGCCCGUUCUCUAAACCUGCUCUGAUCUCCUGGUUGGAAGCAAGAGAGCCGUGGGGCCUGAAUAUCCAGGCAGCUAAGCCUAAAAGGGAUCCAGGUGCUUCCCCUAGAGGAGGUAAGCUCCAGAUUGAGACAAACAAGCUCAUCUUAAAACAGGCUCCAUUGGAAGAUGAAGAAACUUUCACUGUGCCAUCAGGCUGCCCUGUGACUAGUGCUUCUGAAGGAAUAGGACUCAGAAUAUCUUUUGAACAGAAGAGCAGGCCCUGUGGAAAGAAGUACUGUGAAAGCCCCACACAAGUGAAAAAUAAGAAGGAAGAGAUUGAUCUCAGUCAUAAAGUGGAAAAAGAAUUCGAAGUACUGGGAAGAAGUAAUAGUUUUGACCUAAAACAUGUUACAUAUUUGAGAGUUUCCAAGAGAAAGCGAUCCCUUAAACAUGGCUGUGGCAGACACUUCAGAAAAGGUUCACACCAUUAUGACUACAAGAAAUAUGGGAAGGGACUCAGACACACUAUUGGGGGGUUUAGCCUCCAUCAGAGAAUUCAUACUGGCCUGAAAGGGAGCGAGAAGGACACAGGUGGAAAGGGCUUCAGCCUCAGUGCUCAUCAUCAGCAUGAACAGGGCCUUUACCUGGUGGGUCCAUUGUACAGAUGCCAUUACUGUGAGAGGACCUUCAAUCGCAGCUCCCAUCUUGCGUAUCAUCAGAGACUUCACACUCAAGAGAAGCCAUUUAAAUGUAGGGUGUGUGAGAAACCAUUUAGGUGGAGCUCGAACUGUGUGCGACAUGAGAAAAUCCAUACUGGAGUAAAACCUUACAAAUGCAAUUUAUGUGAGAAAGCUUUCCAACGUGUGUCAGCCUACCGUCUGCACCAGGAAACCCACACUAAGCAGAAAUUUGAAUUGAAUCAGUAUGAAGAAGCUCUCACCUACAACUCAGGACUUGGUCACCAUUUCAGAGACCAGCGUGGGGAGAAACCCUUUGACUGCAGCCAGUGUAGGAAAUCCUUUCACUGUAAGUCCUAUGUGCUUGAACAUCAAAGGAUUCACACGCAGGAGAAACCUUAUAAAUGUACCAAAUGUAGGAAAACCUUUCGGUGGAGGUCAAACUUUACUCGUCAUGUGAGGUUACACCAGGAGGAAGAGUUCUGUGAACAAGAGAAACAUCGAGAAGACUUCAGACAAAAUUGUAGUCCGCUCCCACUGACUACUGUUGCCCCCACCAUGGAGAAAACUUUUUCAUGUCAGCAGUGUGGGAAAACUUUUACUCAAAAGAAAACUCUCAGUGAGCACCAAAGAAUUCACGCAGGCGAGAAACCAUAUCAAUGCAGUGAAUGUGCAAAAGGAUUCACCUAUAGGUCAGCCUUCAUUGUUCAUAAGAAGCAACAUGCCAUUAAAAGAAAGCCUGAGGCAGGGCCAUCUGUUAGUCAGGACACAGUGCUCCAAACUCCUCAGAGUAGCCACACUACAGAGGAGCCCUACAAAUGUGGUCAGUGUGGCAAAGACUUCCGCAAUCACUCAUUCCUUCUCAUCCAUCAACGAAUUCACACCAGAGAGAAGCCUUAUAAGUGCAGGGAGUGUGGAAAAGCCUUCAGAUGGAGCUCCAAUCUCUACCGACACCAGAGGCAGCACUCUUUGCACCAGAAGUAUGAGAGUCCUAAAAGUAAAGAGACCCCUGAUCUGCAGCCCAAAGUCCUCCCUGAUCUGCAGCCCAAAGUCCUCCCUGGUCAGAAGCCUUUCUGGUGUCAAGAAUGUGGAAAGAGCUUUACACGUAAAAGAAGUCUUUUAGAUCACAAGGGAAUCCACAGUGGAGAGAAGCGCUAUAAAUGCAAUUUGUGUGGGAAAUCUUACGAUAGGAAUUAUCGUCUUGUUAAUCAUCAGAGGGUCCACACCACAGAGAGACCUUUUAAAUGUGAGUGGUGUGGGAAGGAUUUCAUCGGGAAGCACACCCUUUCUGUCCAUCAGAGAAAACACACCGCGGCGCCACAGUCUGAAUGCAGCCAACCGGGUUUGUCUUCCUAUCAGGACGUGGGGCUGAAUGUACAAGAAUUAGAACCAAGGGAAGAGAAGCCCUUUAAGGAUGGUAAGGAGCCUUGUGACCAGAGUGUCACACUCACUGGACUCCACAGUGUGCCCACUGAGAAGAAGUGCCACAAGUGUAGCAUAUGUGGGAAAACAUUUAACAAGAGUUCACACCUUGUUAGCCAUAAGAGGUUUCAUACCCGGGAGAGGCCCUUCAAAUGCAGAGUGUGUGGGAAGACCUUCAGGUGGUCUUCAAAUUUGGCUCGGCAUAUGAAAAACCAUAUUUGAGAUUAGCUUGGGGCUGUCAAUGACAGUGGGGUGGGGAGUGGUUCCUGACUACCCUGCUAGAGCACCCCUGAUUAUAGGCAUUGAGGGGGAAACCUUCACAAAGGGCCCAGCCCUAUCUAUUUUGGAAGCUACUGGCAGGGAAUCCUGAAGAUUUCAAAGCUCAGAGUCCCCAGCAUCCCUGCUGGGAAGUGAUACUAUAGGGAAUGGCAUCACCAUGUUCUUUGGGGCCUUUCUGGAGGCCUAGGCCCCUACUAACCAUCUUUUUCACAAUAGCCUGAGGCUCCCCAAGCCACAUCUCCUUUGACAACUCUAGAUACACCAUUGCCUUUUGGGGUUGGACAACAUGGCUGUGACCUGGGGGGCUUUGUGCUGCUGGAAGGAGCCAGUUGGAUCCUCAGUCUUUCCUUAGGUUUGGCCCGUGACUGUGCCUAUUCUGUUGACUUUAAAAGCAACAGCGUCGAGAACACCUGGUCUCCUGAGCUGCCUCCUGAAUUCAGGCUGGGACUUCAGCUUCAUAGCUGGGUUUCUGGAUAUCCACUAGGGCCUAGAUUUGUCUCAGCAGCAGGUAGACGAGAGCAGGGUGGCGGGCUCAAUUGCUUGGAUAAGGGAGCUCUGCCAGUGCCUCAUCACCAUCUCCACCCCACAGGUCUACGCAAGCAGUAGCCGGUCCGUCAGUUCAGCAGAAAUGUCCUGAGCACCUCCCUAAUGCCAGGCAGUGACAGAACAGACAAAAGUCACCCAGCAGUGAUUGGAACAGAUAAAAAUCCUACUGUCUUGGAUCUUUACAGAUGAUAAACAAAUGACAUAUGUAGCAUCCUGGAUGGUGGUGUGUGUUAAGGACAAAGUAAAUCAGAGAAGAGUGAAAGUAAAUGCUAGAUUGGGAGGAGGGAGGGCUGUGAUUUGAAACAGGUUGGUCAGGGAGGGCCUCAACAGAGAAAGGGAAAUCCAAGUUCCCGAAGGAGGCAGGGAGCAAGCCAGGUGGAUCUCUAGAUAGAGUUCCCGGCAGAGGUGGUAGGAUCUUGACCCAUGUCCUCAGAGGAUAGCAGGAAGGCCCCAGGAGCAGAGUAGAAUGAGCCAGCUGGGAGAGAGGGCGAGUGUCCAGAGGAGUGAUAGGUCAGGCUGUGUGGGCUUCACAGGUCAUUGCGGGCUGGGGCCGCCUCAGGGAGGUGGAGCGCCUUUGGGUAGUUUGGAGUGGAGUGUGGUCUGAAUGUGAAUUGCAUUCUGCAAGUGUUAACCACACACCCGAGGACUCAGUAAAGUGUAGCUGAAAGGUUUUUAUGCAGUUGUUUCUGCUGACAGUUCCCAGGAUGGGACUUUUUACUUUUCUGACUUCUGUUAAGACCUGAGUCCUGAGCACACAUGAAAGCUUAAGCUCCUGUGCUUAUAUCUCCGGCCUCUGUGCAUGGUAGUUGUCAUCUCCACAGCCCACUGUGUGUGCGCUCCUUGCUGGUAUCAGGCACAACACAAGAGUAACUGGGCAUGCACCUGUUGCCCUCAGGAGGCAAAGGGGCAUGAUGGGGGAAGCACCCCCUCACUUGCCCACCCGCUGAUGUUGAAGCAAUAAGCAAGAAUCAUCUAAAUGACACAAAUGUGAAGGAGUGACAUUUCUGAAGUGUAUUUAAGUAAUUUCUUUGAAUUAUUGAAGAACUCAGAUUACAAAUGUGAGGAUAAAAUGUCUCAAUUAUGCAGUGACGUCUCCUUUUACUGCUGUGAGUUGGGGCACAGACUGGGCAGGCCAUUUCUCAUAAUGAGAAGAAACCAGCCUGGUACAUGUCUUUUUGUUAGAGUACUGAGUCUUCCUAUCUUCUGGAUUGCCGUCGCCAGGAGAAAAUGAAGAAUAAAAUUGUGUGGUAGUGUGUGGGUACAGGCAGGUAGGGCAUCACUCAGUUUUCUGGUGGGAACUCGGUGUUGCCAUCUUGGCCCUCUACAACAGCAAUUGCCCACGGCCUGAAAUCAAGUGUUUCCCCUCUGACACAGAUGGGGUGCUAAGACUGGCGUUAGAUGUGGCUGGGCAGGGGCUAGUACAUGGGAAGGGCCUUGGAAUCAUUAGAUCUGGGUUCCAGAUGCCAGGCUUCAUGUACCUUCUGCUGGCAGGAUGAUCUUGGGCAGGCAAGUGCACCUCAGUGUCAGUUUCCCUGUUUACCCUUGUGGUACUUGGUUUGUGUGGGUUGCUUCCUGGGCCUGGCUUGGAUUGCUGAGGCUCUGGAUAGGUGAUCGAAAUCUGGAACUAGAGCCCUCACAGAGGUUCAACUCAAAUGUCACUUGGUGGUACAACCAUGGGAAGACCCGUUUUUUUCUGUAUCACCUGGAGUUCUUAUUCCAAUAGGUGUUUCCACUGCUGUUUUUAUAGAAUGAGAUGUACUUAUUUUUAAACAUUCUGACCAAAAUCUAAAACAUACAAGUGAUGAAGUAAAAAAUUAAUGGGAAUCCUUCUAUAAUGAAGUAUGCUGUUACUGUUUGGGGAUUGUAUUGGUGCAGUGUGUUCAGUAGCCUGGACUUGCAGAUUUUCUUAGUUCUUCAAUAUACAAUUAUUAUAGAAAUAUUAAUAAAAUCCUGACUCCUUGGAACUAACUACUAAACAUUUUGAUAAUCAGUGUUGGAUUUAACUAGUGCCCCUCCCUGCACACCCUGAUCUCCCUGGCUUUGUGUAUCUCCCUUUACCCAGAGUGCCACAUUUUCUAUGCUGGUUCAUGUCUUCAGCUUUUGGGGCCCUCAUCCCUGCUCCCCGGCCCCGCCACUCUUGCAGCUCAAGUCUUGCUCUGUUGGGUGUCAUCUGGUUUCCAGUCUGUCACUGCAGCCUAGCCAAGUACUCUGGAGGACAGGGUUGGAUGCUUAUUUGUUUACCACACAGAGGAACUUUUCCACAAAAUUGGCCCUCUGAAGGAAUCUAGAGCUGACAGGUUCAGCCAACUCAGGGGAGCAGUCUUUUGAAGUGGCCCUUGAGUGAAGUGUUGACAGGAAGCCACUGCUCAGGUGCACAUCUGCACUUGAUAAGGAGCCCAGCUGUGGAUGGUUCUGAGCCACAGGACUCCAGCUGACAGUUUUUGAUGGUUUCAGCCACAGCCUGGCUUGGACAGCAUUCAGGCUUCCUCCAGCCUAGCCCACCUUCUCUACCCUCAUGAAGAACUAAAGCUGGGGUUGGAGAAAGCCAGAUGGGCUGGGUCCAUCACAGAGAAGAGUGGGUGCCAGAAGUUCCUUUGGCCACUGUUUGGUGGUUAGCCUCACCCUCAAUGACAGAGACUUUGAGACAGACAAGUGUGUGCAAAGAAGAAAGCACAAGAAAUAUAAAAUAUUACAAAUUGAAAGCCAAAAUAUGAGCAAGUGUGUGGGACAACUGAAGUUCAUAUUGCUUUUGGUGACAACUAUGGUGCCAGAUGAUUUACAGAGUCUUGUAAAGUGGUGAGUACUGUACUAUACAGCAGUGGCCCUCCUGGAUAUAUCCAAGAAGAGUACCGUGUGAAGAAAGGAAUGUUAUGCUCUUCGUUGCAGAGCUAUUUAGGAAGGAGGAUUGGCAGAACCCUGCAUGCCAUCAACAGAAGAACAGGUAAACAAAUGGGUUGCUUUUUGGUACUUUAGUAAGUGAAUAUAAAAGACAAUUAAUUAUAUCUUUCAACCCAGAUAAAAACCAGGCUGAAGCUGGGCGUGAUGGUGCACGUCUGUAAUCCCAGCUACUUGGGAGGCUGAGGCAGGAAGAUCGCAAGUUCAAGGCCAAGCCUGGACAACUUAGCAAGACCCUGUCUCAGAACCUAAAAAGGGUUGGGGAUAUAGCUCAGUGGCAGAUCGCCCCUGGGUACAAUCCCCUGUACCAUACAUACAUGUACACAAAACGCUAAGAAUUGCAGAAGCUAUGUACUGUGUACCAUUUGUGUAAAGUCACACAUACUGUGUGUUCAUGGGCACACACUUUUAUUGGUUUGUGUUUUUCUGUGAUGUGGAUAGUAGUGCCAACCUCACAGAAUGAUUGGGAUGGGGGACAAUUAAUGAAAUAAUGCAUGUAAAAUGCUUAAAAUGUUGUCUGGCAUGUAAACAUUCUUGAUAUGUAAUAGUAUUAUUUUGCACAAUCCACUUUUCUGUGGAUUCAAAUGACAUGAAAUAAGAGUGUAAAAUCAUGAAUUGUAAUGUUGGAUGCAUGUCACUGCCCUGCCUUUCCAGGGCAGGAGAUGCUGAUGGAAUCAAGGAGAGCACUUGGGGACUUCACUUGUGUUCUUUCUAAAAACUGAUGCAGAUGCAUCAGGAUGCUAAGAUUUAACGGGAUAACGCGGUGGCUUCUUUUUAACUGUUAGUUAAAAUAUGUCAGAAUAAAACAUUUUAAAGCAUG